AUGGGAGACUCGAACAGCAAUAACAACCAGAAAAACGUGCAUUUCAACGGUAAGUCCACUCUGAAACGCGUUUCUCGUUCAAACAAUGUUCCAACGUUUCGUAUUUGCAGAACAAGACCUCGUCGAGCGAGUGAAGGGUCUGAAAGUGACUAAAAAGGUCACUUUUCAGGUGCCCGAGAAGAAGGACGGCAUUCCGAAGGUCGCGAACGGAAGGAUCGGAGGGGACCACAAGGCGAAGACGGUCGUCGAGAAGAAGACGAAGAAGAAGAAGAAAAGCAAGGAGGAGCCUUAA